GCUAGUCGGUCAGUAGUACGCAGAGGAAGGAGUCUGUCCACAAAAAAACACCGUCACUGGACUGUUUAUGUCUCGGGGGUCACAGCUGUGAGCUAGCUGAAGAGCUCGUCUUGUCUUCCUGUCCGUCCGUGAAGUGGUGGUGAUGGUGGCGUCGAUGAUGAAUGUGUGAGGAGAAACCCCCCUGUGGUCCUCCCGCUGCACCGCACACUUCCUCAUGGAUUCCAGCAAUGAUGAGGCACUUGAUAUCAUUGUCACCAAUGUGGUGGCAACCUUCAGGACCAGGUGCCACCUCAACCUGCGCACCAUUGCCUUAGAGGGGACUAAUGUCAUCUAUAAGCCGGAAGUAGGGAAAGUCCUGAUGAAGCUUCGUAAGCCCAAGAUAACAGCCUCAAUCUGGUCUUCGGGGAAAAUCAUCUGCACUGGAGCAACAAGUGAGGAUGACGCAAAGCUGGGUGCUCGCAGGUUAGCACGCCUUCUGCAGAAACUGGGCUUCAAGGUGAGGUUUUCAGCCUUCAGAGUUGUGAACGUGCUGGCAGUUUGCUCCAUGCCGUUCGCAAUCCACCUCAUAGAUUUCACCAAGAACAACCGACCCAUUGCCAGUUAUGAACCAGAGCUCCAUCCUGCUGCCACGUACAGGAUCAAACACAUCAAGGCCACUAUCCAGGUGUUCUCCACUGGCAGCAUCACAGUUACAGGACCAAAUGUGCAGAAUGUGGCCACGGCUGUUGAGCAGGUCUACCCGCUUCUGUUCGAGUGUCAGAAACCCCUCUGCAAAUGAAAGAGAAGGCACGUUGGAUUUGUUUGUUACAAGUGAGGAAGCACCUUAACCCUGGAUUUAAUUGCUUGAUUUUAUCACCGAGCGGCAACAGUGACGAACUUCUAACAUACGUCAACGGGCUUGAUGUCACCUGGAUUUUUUAAAAAAAAUUCCUCAACGACCCUAGAUGGAGACUAAAAACUUCCCUCUCACAAAACGUCAGUGUUGUCGUGGAUUGUGUGGCUCUUGUGAUUUUAACAGCAAGUACGUCUUCAGGCAUCGUAUCCUUCAGCGGGAACCACUCCUUCUAACCUGACUGACACUGAGGAGGGUGGAAGUUAUCUGCUCUCGCUCCUAAUUAGCAGAAAGACCAGUUUUCAACAAACAUUAACCAUUUUAAUGCUUAACAGUUGCGAGCCCAUCGCGGAGAGUCGGUAUGCUAACACUAAACGGCCUCACCUAUAUCCUGUAUACAAGAAGUUGUCCCAUUGCUUCCUUCUCAAGAAGAAUCUCCGUCCAUGGCUCGACUGUAGACAUUUUAAUGCAAAUACAAGGUGUCCACUGUGUUGGCCACAAAACAAGAAACAGCAGUAAAACCAUAGACUGUAGAGUCUGGACUGUUAUGCAGAUGUUGCUCACAAUAUGCAUUAAUCUCUGACUUUAAUUGUUGGUCUCUCACAUAGACUGUUUAUAAAGAUGGACGACACAUCUCCACUUCCUCCCAGAAUAUUCCUAACAUGGCCGCUGCCAUCUUGUGCUGGAGACAGUGUCCGUAGUAUUGAGUUCCCAGCCAUUCACCCGUCCGACCACCAGCACACCAGUUGGUACACACAGCUGUCAAUCAUGAUGUCACACCCUCCUUUAAAGCAUCAAAUCAUGAUUGAAAAACACUUGAACAUACAUCAGCGUGUUAAGAGCCACCUAAAAUGACAAACCAUCUUUGGAGAAAAUUUAUUUGACGUGUACUUUGAUAUUUUAGUUUGGCCCAUGUCCCAUCUGCUAACAUGGAGGGGGCGGUCGUCUUUAUAUACAGUCUAUGGUUUCUCACAUUUCGCUACGUAAGUUUAGUUGUCACUUCACUUUAAAUUUCUUGUUUCUUAACUGUGGCAUUGGCUCAGAAUGCACACACACACACGUGUAUGAUUUAAUACCUUGUCAUUUUCUAACACAAGUCAAAUAUGGAACUGUUUCCAAGGCUGGACAAUGUACAGAACAAAAUGGACAUCCUUAAUGCUUUGGAAUGUGAUGAAAAAUUCUGAAGGGUUCAGGUAUGUGUGUGUUUUUUUUUUUUCUUCAGGUGUUGCGACGUUGAGCCAUAGACCCCUCACUCACUUUAAAUGAACACAGCUACUGGUUAUUUAGUCCCAGGCUUUCAUGGUGCUGAGACAAGGCAAGGCAUUCAAUGAGCUUUUUGAGUAGCGUGGGAAUGAAGCUACGAACACUGUCGAGAAUUGGUCUUGGAAAUUGCUGUAAAGAAACAGGACAAUGUAGGAGAAACUAAUUACGAAGAGGACUGUAAGUUUAAAGGCCCAGUGUGUAGGAUUUAGGGGGAUAUGUUGGCAGAAAUCGAAUAUAAUAAGUAUGUUUUCCUUAGUGCUAAAUCACCCUAAUAAGAGUCAUAGCUUGAGCCUCUGAUAUCUACACAUGGAGAAGGUCCUUGUCUACAAAGACCGCCAUAUGGCACCACCACGUUUCUACAGUAGAUCAGAAUGGACAACCAAACACUGGCUCUAGGGCCAUUUGCGUUUUUCAUCUGCCCGAACCUAGCGGCAUCGGAAAAAACGCUGAUUUUUAAUGUGAAACUGCUUUAUUCAGUAUUUUUUUUACCAGUUUUAAACAUUUUGUCCAUUCAUUUCGGAGAGGAAGACACCUCUGUGGAUAAUCCAGCUCCUGGUACAAACCUC